CUUCCGAUGACUGAUUUUAUUCUUCCAGUCUGACAAUCGCAUGUCCACGAGACAUACGCCUUGUGUGAUUUUGAUCAUACAUAACCGUUUAUUCUUGUCGUCUCUAUGUACUGAACGAGUCAAAAACAUUUACUUUCAUGCCAGCCCCUCAUCCAUGCCAAAUUAAACAAUAACACCACUCGAUGUCAACGAGGGCACUCCCAUCGGCAAACAUCCACCUUGACCAUCGAGGGUCAAUAGCGUUCAGAUAAUUCUAAAAAGCAAUGCGUCAAUAGCUACACAUCGCCUCAUUUACACCUGCCCCGCGCUGCACUCAACGCGACCCUGUCCUCCCUUCCCCCGCCACCUAUUUCGUCUGAAAUCGGCCGCAGGUUUACCACCUACAACACCAACACAAUGGAGAGACCAACCAAAAGGCCCCGUUUAUCCAUGGCCGAGGAGCUAGAGGAUGGUUUAGACGACGUAAACUUGCAUGAAGCACGCGAACAGAAUGAUCUACGCCUCAAAUCGAUUUUCGAAGGCAUCUUUGAGAAAUACGGGAAGGAUUUCAGCGAGGUGGGCGAUGAAAUUGACCUAGAGACUGGGGAGAUUGUGGUAAAUAAUGGUCAUCUCAACGGGAUAGAGGGCGAGGACGAUACUGGCGAGAAUGGAUCUUGGCGUCUGGAGCCGGACUUGUCUGCUUCAUUGGGCCGCGAGGCAGACGGUACUACAUUCAGCGACGUGACGCAUAUCGACGAGACUGAAACUGGCGGUGAAGAGGGACGAGGUGACGGAGCAUCACAAAAUUCGUGGGAUGAUACCAAGCCAUGGGAGAGAAUAUCACAUGAGGCUGCUGAUCUCGCGGAUGUGGAUGUCGACCCAGAAGACGACGACGACGACGAUGACAGAUCCAGUGUGGAUUCGUUACUGGACAAUGCACUAAGUAUUCAGAAUGGCCCUGACGAUCCUUUUGGGUGGAAGUCCGCGGAUACAAGGAACCAUCCAGCCGAAAAAGCAAAUACGGCAUUUGAAACAUCCACUCAUCAUCCACACAUUUCCAAUACCAGACCCGAGCCAGUGGAGUCAAUAUGGCGCAUUCCUGAAAUAAGUGGACGAUUUUCGACGCCAACUGCGGAUAGAGCACGUCCCAAGCCCACCUUCAAGAACGUCAUACGGUCUGCAUCGCCGCCGGGAGCAGGGUCGUUGUGGGCACUUCCUGGGAAGUCCCGGAGAAAUACGGACUCUUCGAAGAAGAAAGAGCCAAAGAGCGAAAAGAAGCCUGCGCCUGCACCUGCAACUAUACCUACACCUGCAACUGCACCUGCCAAGCGGAAAUUCACCCAUUCGAGUCCCAUCGUACGCGACUGGUCCUUUGCAGAAACCCCAGAUGGAAGCGAAUCCGACGAUCCAUUGCAGGAAGACUGCGAGCCGUCGCCAACGAAAAAGGCCAUGCAUAUCAGGGGGAAACGAUUAAAAAUGGAAAGCCCAACUCGUGCAGAAAAGCAAUGCCGCUACUGCAAGAAGUCCUUUACCAAUGCCGAUUAUGACGCCCAUGUUAAGUCAAUUAUUGUCUCUGAUACCCCGGAUGGCUUGCAUGAUAUUACAAAACUUGAGAAGGAACUAGGUGUGGUCGGUGACGGUACAGCCGUGAAGCCCCCUGCUCAAAGCAUGAGACAGACACAUAACAUGGUUCAUGGCAAGACCACCAAGCAUGGAUCCAGUAAACCUUCGUCCACGGUGGAUGCGGUGGAUCAGGCCUCUACUCCCAGAAGUAACAAGCGUGGCAGAGUAAUCAUGACGCCAGAUGAAGCGAAAUUGAUAUUGAAUAUGCGACUAAUCCAGAAGAAGACGUGGAAAGACAUCCUCGACCACUUCCCUGACAGAAACAUCUUCAAUCUUAUCAAUUGGAACCAGUACCAUUGGGCUCACCGGUCUAUGCAUCCACCUCGACUUUCUGGCCCUUGGUCCCGGGCAGAAAAAGAGAAACUGAAUAAUCUCGCGAAUCAGAAAGGUCUCACAUGGUCUGGCAUCCGAAACGAGUUUCCUGGUCGCUCGCAUGCAGAGAUUGAAAUUGAACUGCUGCGAUUCUGGGCUUCAGGGGAGGGUUUCAAGACUGAACAUUCUGCCAGGUCAAAGAUUCCUGCGAAAUUAGAGUCCGUUGGCGGCGAAAAUGCCGUUCCACCCCAGAAGCCCUCUGGAGAAACUCAUAGUCCAGUGGACGUGGCAGUAAAACAACAUUCCCCUCACGAUCUUAUAGAAAUCCCAGAAACGCCUCCAACGGUAUUUCCUUCAGCAGAAAAGAAGCCUGAAGAAAGUCACGAUAGCAGCGAUGCGAUCCAAAGCAAGAAAUCACCAGCUUUCCACAUAUUGGCACCACCACUCACCGGUUGA